AUGGUUCUGUUGUUUACAUUAGCUUGCAGACCAGACGAUUUGAAUAAAAACUUUACAGACUAUCCUGGCAGCGCUCUACGUGCAAACCUCCUUUAUGGCGAGGAUGGACUCACUGUGGAAGCCUGCAAGGGCAGGUGCCAGACUAACCAGACUUGCCUCACCUUUGAUUUCAAAGCCCAUGGAGGUCUGUGUCGGCUUCAUAAUGUCACCUCUCGUGACUCUCCCUCCGACUGGUCUCCUAAGCGGAGCAAAGGCUGGACCCACUACCAGAGAUCCUGCAACUCCACUUUUGCCUCACACGAUAACUGGCACAACUUAUUGUGUGAAAGCAGGGUUGAUUGUCCUGACACAAACAGCGAUUGUUUGUCAGGACGAUGCCUUUGUCGUUCAGGUUCCAAGUUCAAUGAACCUGAGAAGAAGUGUGUUGUUACAAAGCUGAGCAAGUGGCACAACACAAGCUGCACGACAGAGGACGACUGUGAUGUGCACCACGCCACGUGCUACAAACAACUGUGUCGGUGUCACCCCGGGUACUUUUACACCACACAGGACACGUGUACUGACACUUGCAGCACAGGCGAGUUGCAGGACAACUUUACGGACUAUCCUGACAGCGCUCUACGUGGAAACCUUCUUGAUAGCGAGGAUGGAAUCAGUCUGGAAGCCUGCAAGGGCAGGUGCCAGGCUGACAAGCGUUGCCUCACCUUUGAUUUCAAAGUCCAUGGAGGUCUCUGUCUUCUUCAUGCUGUUACCGCUCGUGACUCUCCCUCACACUGGUAUCCUAAGAGGAGUAUAGGCUGGACCCACUACCAGAGAUCCUGCAACUCUACUUUUGCCUCACACGAUACCUGGUACAACUUAUUGUGUAACAACAAGAUGGAUUGUGCAGACACAAACAGCGAUUGUUUGUCAGGACGAUGUCUAUGUGGUUCAGGCUUCAAGUUCAAUGAAACAAAGAAGGAGUGUGUUGUUACAAGGUCAUGUGUAGACUGGCAAGACAAAGGUGCAAAGAGCGGUGUCUACACCAUUCAGCUAUACUACAAGGGACCUCUGAGAGUGUGGUGUGAUAUGUACACUGCGGGCGGCGGCUGGACGGUCAUCCAGAGACGUCGUGCCUACGUAUGGAACCCAUAUGAUUAUGUUGACUUCAACCGGAACUGGACAGAAUAUGCAAACGGUUUCGGUGACAUCUCUGGAGAUUUCUGGCUGGGCCUGUCGGCGGUUAACUCACUGAUAGGAUUUUUCAAGGUAUGGCGCAUGAGAGUGGACAUCAGCGCUGGGAUAGAAGGAGACUACUGGGCUGAGUACGGUGGUUUCAUGAUGGCCAGUCCUCGGGGUGGAUACCGACUUUACGUAUGGGGCAACUACUCGGGUACCGCAGGAGAUGGGUUGAAAGGUAGUCACAUGGACGUUUUUCACACCUAUGACCGAAACCUGUACGGCUGUGUCUCAUCUAGUAAAGGCGCCUGGUGGUACUGGCGUGACUGUGCCGCCAGGGCUAACCUCAACAGCCCUGUUGACAGUGAGAUGUUUUGGGCUGACAUCGGCUUCCUGGAGUCCUCGGAGAUGAAGAUAAGGCCAUAGUAACACCUUCUUGUCUCCUGUACUCACUGCUUACACCGCCAGUCGACUGUUCACUGUUCACUACAGGUUCCACUGAUGAUGUGAGCUCAGUGUACAUUAAUCUUUCUCAAUAGUUUAUCAUCUGAACCUAGUACAGACUACUGUACUUUAAUUGUUUACUUUGAUUAUAUUGCCUGGUGAUUCUAUUAUACACGUUUUGUAUUAUUUUUUUCAGAUUUGGAUUUACCUGGAUAAACAAACAUGUUUAAAACGUAAAAUCUAAGUUUAAUUAAUUCAUUUAGCAUUAACUUGGUCUAGGUUGUAGUAAACGUGUCAUUAACAGUCGCUAUACACCUAAUAAGGUACACGUGUCAUGAACAUUACUUCCCCUUUAAACAAAUGAUAAUGGUAGUUGAUACAUCACAUCUAUUACUUAAUUGUACCAAACAAAUAAACUAUUUUAAUAUUUGUUCUACACAUAAAAGCUUUCACAGCAAGGCGCUAGCAAUAUGACGACACACACCUGACGACACCUGUGUAUUCUCUGUGUAGAACUUUGUGAUGAAACGAGGCGGGGCAGAGAGAUGGGGUAACCACCCGAGGGGAAAGGGGUCACUGUAUCCGGCUCGCUCCACCCGACUUUCUCCCUCACACUCAGUCACCCACCUGUUCACACGUCCGCACGCGUACAGACUAACAGACACACUCCCCGCGUGCGCAAACACAACUGACAAGACAGUUGUACAACAAACAAAUUAUAAUUACACGAAAAUAAAGUUUGAAUUAUACGAGACGCAAUAUUGGUCUCUAAAUACACCAACUAUCCUCAGGUCACAAAAUGUAAAGAAUGUAAAUAAAACAAAAUACAACUUUCCUUCUAGCACUCUCACACCGUUGCCCCUGGCAAUGACGAUGACGACGACGUUAGGAGUGAGUUUCCUGGACGCCUAUCCCUAGCUCACUGGCAUGCUGCUCCUCUGGUUGCCCAGGCAACGGACGCUAUAUUAUCCUGUAGUUCUGGUCUUGAACCAGCUGAUUCAUGACUAAUAUUUGUCCGCACUAUUGCCUGUGCACUUCUUUCCAUCUUCGAAUAGCUAUAAAGGUGCUACAUCUUUCAAGUUGAAAACAUUAUCUGAUCAUCAAAGCCUAGCCAAUAAUAGGAAAUAUAUAUACGAAAAUUUAACAAAUUAAAUGUCUUUUCCAAAUUUAUUUAUUUAAUCAAAAUACUGCAUUUUCAUUUCAAUUGGACGCUGGCCUAUAUCAACCUAAAUAACGUGUUUACAAUUUCUUUUGUUUUUAUUGAUCGUGCAUUUUCUAUUAGGUGUAUAUUGCCUGCACUGCCUCGUAUUGUAUUUGAAAAUGUCACGUGACGCUUUGCUUAAUAAGUAUUUGUCCUAAA